GAGCUCAGUUCCCUUUCAGAUUCCGAGAGCAACGCAUUGCAAAGCAUUGUGCAGCGAACAAUGACGACCACGACGACUCCCAAGAUAAAGUCACCAGUUUCCGGUCCUGGACUUCCACGACUGCUACAGAUGCUAAUGGGGAUACUUCUUAUGGUGUGCACUUCCGUGCCAGGCGCCACUUCUGCCCCGGACCCCAAGAUCUCCAAUGUCAAGGCCUUGGAUCGCCUCCACGCCGUGCUGUUCACAAGCUACGACAACGAUGUGCAGCCCCGGUUCCAAGGAGCCCCCACGAACGUGUCCCUGGGAAUGGUGGUCACCUACAUAGACAUCGACGAGCUGAACGGCAAGCUGACCACUCACUGCUGGUUGAAUCUCCGAUGGAGAGAUGAGGAGCGUGUGUGGCAGCCGUCGGAAUAUGACAACAUCACGGAAAUCACUUUGCGGUCCAGCGAGGUCUGGACACCACAAAUCACACUCUUCAACGGCGACGAGGGCGGCCUGAUGGCGGACACCCAGGUGACCCUCUCCCACGAUGGCCACUUCCGGCGGAUGCCGCCUGCCCUGUACACGGCCUACUGCGAACUCAACAUGCUGAACUGGCCCCACGACAAGCAGAGCUGCAAGCUGAAGGUCGGCUCCUGGGGCCUGAAGGUCGUCCUGCCGGAGAACGGCACGGCAGUGGGUCAGUCCCUUGACCACGACGACCUGGUGCAGUCACCGGAGUGGGAGAUCGUGGACUCCCAAGCGCAGUUUGUCAGCCAGGACUACUACGGCUACAUGGAGUACACUCUGACGGCUCAGCGGCGAUCCUCGAUGUACACUGCUGUCAUCUACACCCCCGCCUCCUGCAUCGUCAUCCUGGCCCUCUCAGCCUUCUGGCUGCCUCCCCACAUGGGCGGCGAGAAGAUCAUGAUUAAUGGCCUGCUCAUCAUCGUGAUCGCCGCCUUCCUCAUGUACUUCGCCCAACUGCUGCCAGUGCUGUCCAACAAUACUCCACUUGUGGUGAUUUUCUACAGCACCAGCCUGCUGUACUUGAGCGUCUCCACCAUCGUCGAGGUCCUGGUCCUGUACCUGGCCACUGCCAAGCACAAGAGGCGCCUGCCGGAGGCGCUGAGGAAGCUGCUGCACGGCAACCUGGGCACCUGGCUGCUGCUCUCGCAUUUCAGCACCACCGGCGAGUCGCAGGCGGAGAAGAACAAGGAGAUGGACGAGCACCUGUACGAGGACGCGGACGAGCAGGACGCGUCCAGUCCGCUGGGCAUCAACCCCGCCGAAGUGCCGGGCGCCAAGGCCAACCAGUUCGACUGGGCGUUGCUGGCCACCGCCGUGGACCGCAUUUGCUUUCUGGCCUUCAGUCUGGCCUUCUUCAUCCUGGCCAUCAGGUGUUCCGUGUAGGACUGCCUGGGACUUAACGCUGUCUACCUACCGCUGCCUUGAGUAAGGUCGUUGCCCAUCAAUCUCGAAACUGUAUUUCAUUUUCCGGAGCCACCUAGCGAACUUGGCCAAGGUACGGGUGCACUGUGAGUUGGCUUUGCAUUUGCGAUUUCAUGUAUUUACUGUGUGUGCGAACUUAGAAUUAUUUAAUGAUGAGACCUCGUGUGGAAUAAAGGACCUCUGCCGAA